UCCGCUGGCAUGGGCCCCGAGGGCGCCCGGGGCUGGGGCUCUGGGCUGAGGCGCUGAAAGCCGCCCUACCGCCCGCGGGGCGCCGUGCCCGGCCCGCCCGCUCUCCUGCGGCCAUGGCCGUCCGGCCCGGCCUGUGGCCAGCGCUUCUGGGCGUAAUCCUCGCCGCCUGGCUCCGGGGUUCGGGUGCCCAGCAGAGCGCCACGGUGGCCAACCCGGUGCCCGGCGUCAGCCCAGACCUGUUCCCCCACUUCCUGGUGGAACCCGAGGACGUGUACAUCGUCAAGAACAAGCCGGUGCUUCUGGUGUGCAAGGCCAGGCCCGCCACGCAGAUCUUCUUCAAGUGCAACGGGGAGUGGGUGCGCCAGACGGACCACGCCAUUGAGCACAGCACGGACGGGAGCAGCGGCCUGCCCACCAUGGAGGUCCGCAUCAAUGUCUCACGGCAGCAGGUGGAGAAGGUGUUUGGGCUGGAGGAGUACUGGUGCCAGUGCGUGGCCUGGAGCUCCUCGGGCACCACCAAGAGCCAGAAGGCCUACAUCCGCAUCGCCUAUCUUCGCAAGAAUUUCGAGCAGGAGCCGCUGGCCAAGGAGGUGUCCCUGGAACAGGGCAUCGUGCUGCCCUGCCGCCCGCCGGAGGGCAUCCCCCCCGCAGAGGUGGAGUGGCUGCGGAACGAGGACCUGGUGGACCCCUCCCUGGACCCCAAUGUGUACGUCACUCGGGAACACAGCCUGGUGGUGCGGCAGGCCCGCCUGGCCGACACGGCCAACUACACCUGUGUGGCCAAGAACAUCGUGGCUCGCCGCCGCAGUGCCUCCGCGGCUGUCAUCGUCUACGUGGAUGGUAGCUGGAGCCCAUGGAGCAAGUGGUCAGCCUGUGGGCUGGACUGCACCCACUGGCGCAGCCGCGAGUGCGCGGACCCGGCGCCCCGCAACGGAGGCGAGGAGUGCCGGGGUGCUGACCUGGACACCCGCAACUGCACCAGCGACCUCUGCGUGCACACUGCUUCCGGGCCCGAGGACGUGGCCCUCUACGUGGGCCUGGUCGCCGUGGCCGUGUGUCUGCUGCUCCUGCUGCUCGCCCUCAUCCUCGUGUACUGCCGCAAGAAGGAGGGGCUGGACUCGGACGUGGCCGACUCGUCCAUCCUCACCUCGGGCUUCCAGCCCGUCAGCAUCAAGCCCAGCAAAGCAGACAACCCUCAUCUGCUUACCAUCCAGCCAGACCUCAGCACCACCACCACCACCUACCAGGGCGGCCUGUGUCCCCGGCAGGAUGGGCCCAGCCCCAAGUUCCAGCUCAGCAAUGGGCACCUGCUCAGCCCGCUGAGCGGUGGCCGCCACACGCUGCACCACCGCUCGCCCACCUCCGAGGCGGAGGACUUCGUCUCCCGCCUGUCCGCCCAGAACUACUUCCGCUCCCUGCCGCGCAGCACCAGCAACGUGGCCUACGGCACCUUCAACUUCCUCGGGGGCCGGUUGAUGAUCCCGCACACAGGGGUCAGCCUCCUCAUCCCCCCCGACGCCAUACCCCGCGGGAAGAUCUACGAGGUCUACCUCACGCUGCACAAACCAGAGGAUGUGAGGUUGCCCCUAGCCGGCUGUCAGACCCUGCUGAGUCCCAUCGUUAGCUGUGGGCCCCCUGGAGUCCUGCUCACGCGGCCCGUCAUCCUGGCCAUGGACCACUGCGGGGAGCCCAGCCCAGAGAGCUGGAGCCUACGCCUCAAAAAGCAGUCCUGCGAGGGCAGCUGGGAGGACGUGCUGCACCUGGGCGAGGAGUCACCCUCCCACCUCUACUACUGUCAGCUGGAGGCCGGCGCCUGCUACGUCUUCACGGAGCAGCUGGGCCGCUUCGCCCUGGUGGGAGAGGCCCUCAGUGUGGCUGCUGCCAAGCGCCUCAAGCUGCUUCUGUUUGCCCCUGUGGCCUGCACCUCCCUGGAGUACAACAUCCGGGUCUACUGCCUGCACGACACCCGGGAUGCACUCAAGGAGGUGGUGCAGCUGGAGAAGCAGCUGGGGGGACAGCUGAUCCAGGAGCCUCGAGUCCUGCACCUGAAGGACAGUUACCACAACCUGCGCCUGUCCAUCCACGAUGUGCCCAGCUCCCUGUGGAAGAGCAAGCUCCUCGUCAGCUACCAGGAGAUCCCCUUCUACCACAUCUGGACCGGCGCACAGCAGCACCUCCACUGCACCUUCACCUUGGAGCGCAUCAGCGCCAGCACCAGCGACCUGGCCUGCAAGGUGUGGGUGUGGCAGGUGGAGGGGGACGGGCAGAGCUUCAACAUCAACUUCAACAUCACCAAGGACACAAGAUUCACUGAGCUGCUGGCUCUGGAGAGUGAAGGGGGGGUCCCAGCCCUAGUGGGCCCCAGUGCCUUCAAGAUCCCCUUCCUCAUUCGGCAGAAGAUCAUUAGCAGCCUGGACCCACCCUGUAGCCGGGGUGCCGACUGGCGGACUCUGGCCCAGAAACUCCACCUGGACAGCCAUCUCAGCUUCUUCGCCUCCAAGCCCAGCCCCACAGCCAUGAUCCUCAACCUGUGGGAGGCCAGGCACUUCCCCAGCGGCAACCUCAGCCAGCUGGCUGCGGCAGUGGCCGGCCUGGGCCAGCCCGAUGGCGGCCUCUUCACGGUGUCAGAGGCCGAAUGCUGAGGCCAGCCAGGCCCCCAACACCACACUCUCACCAGCUUUGGGACCCACCAGGGACAGGCAAAUGCCGGGCAGGGCCCUGCCCCCACACCUGGGGAGCUGCAAGGACAGGCCCCUCCUGGUGGACUCAUCCCUUCACACUGGCCCUUCAGACCCCACCCACGCUCCCAUCCCUCCAUGGCCUGACAGGCCAGGCUGGCACUGCCCCUGCCCCCCAGGGCCCAGGGUAGGCAGCGCCUGGAGCUGGACCAGGCCCCACCCAUCUGUGUGUGUGUGUGUGUGUGUGUGUGUG